UUCGGUUGGUGGCCAGUCACUCGUGGUGUUCUCCAGGGCUCAGCUGGGGUCGGUUCCAACCUGAACGAUUUAAUGGUUCUGUGAACCAGCCCAGAAGAAAUUCCUUCAAGCCCAACACUUGCCCCUAGAUGGCAGCAGGAAUCUGCCGCCACCAUCCCCGUUAAAUCUAAUUCCCAGGCCUCAUCCCACACCAGCACCAGAAUGUAUAUAUGAAUACCAACGUUAGGGAUGGGGCGUAGCGGGUUCCUGUGUCUCCCAAAAUCCUCCCGUGGGAUGCUCCAGCCCUCCAGCAUUGCAUUACAGUGAUGAAUGUUUGAUGGGCUGGGGCGCGCUGGACAGCAGGAGAUGUAAUAUCAAACCCUGCUCACUGCCUGGCGCCGGCUUCCCCGGCUCCAAACCCCGUGGUUUUGAUCAAGAAGGAGCGAAAAGCAGGUUUCCUUCUCCUUUAUCCAAUAACACAUUAGGGAGAUGGGGUAGGGAUAAGUUUUCCCUGCAGGGGAAAGGGGCUUUGCUGCCAUUCCUGCAGCGAGCGCUCCCGUCCUCAGCCUGAGAUUGCAGCGGUAAGUCCCCCCCUGCCCGUGCCCAGGCUGGGUAUCAAUAAUUAACAGUUAAUCAGGGCUGGGCCUAAUUACCCCUGAGUAACAGGAGAGGAGGUCGGGGUGGAGAGCGUAGCCCUGCUUCGGCAUCGGACAUGGCGCCAUGGAGCGCCACCAUGCACCAUGGACGGGUCCCUGGAUCCUGUGCUUGCUGCCGGCGUUGGCGGGGGGGCAGCCGCUGUCUGCGGGUGAGGCGGCCUACGAGGAGCAGAUGGUGACGGGGGUGCGGGGCCGGGCGGUGGAGCUGAGCUGUGGGCCCCCAGCACGGGCACCGCCGGCCGUGGUCUUCUGGAGCUUCGUGGCGGGGGGCACGGGGCCACCGCGGGCCGUGGCCGUGGGCUCAGGCCGGGACGUGGUGCUGGCCCCUGGCACGGGCACGCUGGGCCGGGUUUCGCUGCGCAAUGGGACCCUGGAGCUGCGGGAGCUGCGAGCGGGCGCCCGUGGCCGCUUCCUGUGCCAGGGGCUGUUCCCGGAGCACGGCCGGCUCCGUGUGGGGUACGGCGCCGUCCUGCUGCGUGUCCUGGUGCCUGUGUCCAAGCCCUUUGUACGGCCGACGGCGGCAGCGGCAGCAGAGGGGACUCCGGUGACCCUGAUGUGUGCUGUGCGGGAGGGGACGGAGCCGCUCAGCUUCUCCUGGCAGCACCGGCAGCCACGGGGGGGGCCUCCUGUGUCCCCUGUGGGGCUGGGGGGCUCCGGGGCAGAGCUGAGCCUGGCACCCACCAACCGCAGCCAUGCCGGGUGGUACAUCUGCACCGCGCGCAACGAGGUCAACAACCGCACCAGCGAGCCUGUCUACCUGGACAUCGUCUACGGCCCCGACGAGCCGGCCAUCAGCGUGGAGCCCUUCAGCCCGGAGCAGGGCGGCUUCUCCGCAGGCGAGCGCGAGGACGUGGUGCUGAGCUGCCUGGCUCCAUCUAACCCGCCCAGCCGCUACGUCUGGCUCCACAACGGCUCCCAGGUCCACGUUGGCCAGACCUACGUCCUUGCUGCCAUCACCCGCACCCAGGCCGGCACCUACACCUGCCUGGCUGAGAACACCCAUCUCCAAACCCGCACCCAGGCCACCAUCGUUCUCACUGUUUACUAUCCACCAGCCGGGAGCCCAAGCUGCUCUGCACUGGCCACCGGGGACGUGCAGGACGUGGCACUGCGGUGCCGUUGGCUGGGGGGGUUCCCCCCGGCACGGCUGCGCUGGGUGGGCCCCGAGGAGGAGGAGGAGGAAGAGCAGGGGGUGAUGGGGAGCAGUUUUUCCAUGGCCACCAGCAUCCAGCCGGGGUCGGCCACCAGGAAUGGCAGCUCCUUCUCCUGCCUGGCCUCGCACCCUGCCCUGCCGCAGGGGGCUGCCUGCGGGACCACCCUGUGGAUCCCGGCUGGCGGCCCCUCCUGCACGGCAGCAGCCACCAAGGGGGAUGAGUUCGUGAUGCUGCGGUGCCAGUGGGAGGGGGGGACACCCCCCGUCACCCUGUGCUGGUGGGAUGGCGCGGGACAGGCACUAGGUGACCCCACACCCGCCACCACCGUUGUGGUGCUGAGCACCAGCAACAGGCUGGGGGGGCAGGAUUACAUCUGCGUGGCCACACACCCGCUACAGGCCACUGGCACCGAGUGCCGCCUGCGCCUUGAGGUCCCCGAGCUGGAGGUGGCAAGGAGCGAGGUGGUGGUGCUGGAGGGCGGUGCGGCACGGUUGGCAUGCCGGCAACGCAGCACUGGCACCAACCUGGGUGCCAGCAUGGCUUGGUAUGACCCGAAGGAGCAGGAGGUGACAGCGGGGUUGGCCAAGUACCACUUGGAGCGCGGAGAAGCGUGGCUCAACCUCACCAUCCACGAUGUGGAGUGGCCGGGGGACAGCGGGAUCUACCGCUGCACCGCAGCCAACGCCGUGGGCACCGCCAGCCUCCCCGUGCACCUCCGUGUGGAACGGUACCCGGCCCCCCCCAACGUCACCAUCAGCAGGCUGCGGUACACGCGGGCGCGCACCGAGGUGCGGCUGGAGUGGCGGACACAGGGCUCCGGGAACCUCACCGGCUUCGUGGUGCAGCGGCGUCAAACCAAGAGACCCCCCCGGCGGGCGGCCGGGCCCUGGGAAACGGCCGCCGGUGACAUCGAGCCCCACUCGCGCGACCGGCGCCUCGGGGGGCUGGACCCGGCUGUGGUCUAUGCCUUCCGCAUCCUGGCCGUCAACCACCGCACGGCCGGGCACCCCUCCGAGGUGCAGACGCCAGCUGAGCCUCCCUUUGAGGCCUACCCGGCAGUGACAGGGGCGGCGGUGGUGGGGAUGCUGGUGGCCACUGCAGCAUCGCUCCUGGCCGUGCACUGCAUUGCCCGCCACCGGGACACGCUCCCAUGGCUGCACAACCUGCUCUUCCGCAUGGCCGGGCCCGGUGACCAGGAGCCCGCAGGCACACCGGAGGAUGCUGAAACAGCCACGGAGGAUGGAGCAGCACCAGCAGACCCAUCAGCCCUGGGUGCAGCAGCAGAGCCAGUCUCAACACCAGUGGAUGGCAGCGAUGAUCCCCCGGUUAACGUCACCGUCACAGCAAGUCCAUGAGCAUUCCCUGCCCUGUUCCAUCCCGGGAAGGGUGGAUAUGUUUCCCAAGCCUCAGCUCCUGUGACACUGCUGAAGUCAAACCCCAGCACAGCUGGAAAAAUACCCCUGCACAGAACAUUUGGGGGUCUUGGCAAAGGGGCUUUGCUGCUUUAGAGCAUUUAAAAGGUGCUCAGGGACAUGGAUGAUGGUUCCCUGGAUGCAGUGGGAUUGGAAGCGGGAGAACUGGGCACAAGCCCCUCCACUCAGCCUCCAUCUUUCUAGAGCUAAAAUAAAUCCUUUCUUACCCACUGGAGGGGA